AUGGAUGUGUUCGUCCGGCUUGCUCUUAUGGCCGCAAUAUUCAUUGCAGCUACGUUGGCCUCGGGCGCUGGGACUGGCGGAGGUGCUCUGUACAUUCCCGGAUACAUCAUAUCUCUUCGUGACGUUCACAAGGCUGUACCUCUCUCGAAAGUGACAAUAUUUGGGGGCUGUUUGAUGUCUGUGCUGAUCAAUGUACGUCGUCGCCAUCCCAAAUCCAAUGCUCCCAUAAUCAACUACGAGUUGGCAGCCAUCAUGGAACCUUUUACGCUCUUGGGUGCUAUCAUUGGGGUGCUGCUGAACAUCGUUAUGACUGACUUCCAGAUACUGGCCUGUUUAGUCUUGACCCUCAGUUUCACUAGCUACAAGACAUUUAAAAAGGGACUGGCGCAGCGAGCGGAGGAGACGCGCAUUCUGAAGGAGCUUGAGGGGAAGGGGGAGCAGGACGACACAGAAAACGACUUCGGAAGGCUGCAUAGGGGACAUCUAGGGUCUACAGCAGAGACCCGAGCAGAGCUGCAGCAGUUGCUUCCAGCUGAAGAUGAUACACCGGGCCAGCUGCCCCUCAAGAGGCUAGCGAACACCCAGGAUACAACUUACUUCACUACGUCAUGCCGCCUCUUUGACAUUCAGGAAGGCUCAGCAGUAGUGCCAGCCGCUCUGGCCGAGUUUGAAAAGGAUUUCUACUGCGGGACUUGUCAAGUUAGCUUCCUUUAUCUGGUGGUGGACUCACUCUUAAACGUAGUUCUUCUUAUCCUGGCCGGGGGCCCGGUCGCUGUGCUCUGCGGUUCGCAGUGGCAGCAAGGUUGUAUCUAUCUGCUGUUUUCAGUGCAUGUGUUGGGCACAUUCCUCUUUGCCCGCUGGCUCAUCAGAAGGCGACAGAGGCUAGAGGCUGCUGGCUGCAGUAACAAAGAUAUACAAGACGGGGGCCUACAGUGGCUGACGCCUAUUACUGCUUUCGUCUAUCCCCUGUUGUCUAUGGCUGCGGGGGUUCUGGCUGGCGCCAUAGGCAUUGGAGGGGGCCUUGUCAAGGGGCCCCUACUGCUGGAGAUUGGGCUGCCACCUCUUGCCGCUGUCAGCACGGCAAACUUUAUGAUCUUCUUCACUUCCUCAGCAAAUACUUUGCAAUAUGCCAUUUUGGGGAGGUUAGGGCUCGUUGAUUCGAUUUGCUUCUUCCUAACGGCUUUCGUGGCGGGAGCCGUAGGCAUUGGGUGCGUGUUCCACUUCAUGAAGACCACGCAUAGGCAGUCAUACCUCACUUUUUUGUUGUCAUUUGUCACCCUCAUCAGCCUUUGCUGUAUGGUUGGUUCGUUCGUACACACACACUACUUCAUGUACGAAGUCCCCAUGAAGCUGCUUACUCUAAAUGAUGCAUGUGAACAGCAGCAGCACGCAGGCCGUCUCCUCUUUUCUCAUCUUUGA